AUGGAUAUCUUUAAGUGUAAAUACAUCACUCAUGAAAAUGAAGAAAUAAUGGGAUUUUGUUUGAAUUAGAACUGUUAAAAUACAACAUAAUAUUGUUAUAAAUGCUUGACUACAACUCAUUCAGAUCAUUAGAAGGAUUGUAUUCGAUUCUCUGAAAUGAACUAAUACAUUCAUGAAUUCAUACAAAUUUACCAUCAAUCAACUAAAUAAUUCAAAGAAAUCUCAAAAUCACUUUAACUUUGUUUUGAAUAGAUUUUAAAAAUAAAGGAAUAAGAUGUUAAAAAUUUAGAGAAGAUGAUACAACAACUUUAAAACAAAGAAUAUUUGGUUGUGAAGUCAUAAAUCAACAUAAUCAAAAAGAUGUUCACAAAGGAAAAAGAAAAUUAAAUAUGUAUUCAUUAGUGUUACUUAAUAGAAAAACAAAUAAUAUACUUAAAUGAAAUUCUUGUAACUAUUAAGAAUAUGGUUACAGAUUUAACUUAAAGUAGCAAUGAAAGAAUUUCUGAUGAUGAAAUCAAGAAUGAAAUCAAGAAUGAUAUCAAGAAUGAAAUCAAGAAUGAAAUCAAGAAUAAAAUCAAAAUUAAAGAACUUUAGGAUGAAAUUUAAGAUAAAAAGGAAUAGAAAAUAAUUGAGUGCGAAAGAUUUUUUAAUGAAGGUAUAUGAAUAUCAUUGAAAAUUAGGAUAGGCAUUACAAAGUCUGAAUAAAUAUGAAGAAGCAAUUGAAUGUUAUGACAAAGCUAUUGCUAUUAAUCCAAAUUAUGAUGUAGCAUGGAAUAGCAAAGGUAAAUUACUUUAUUAUUCAGGGUUGGCACUACACAAAUUAGAGAUAUAUAAGGAUGCAAUAUAAUGUUUCGAUAAAGCUCUAAAUAUAUAAAUUACUCCUGAUAGAUUAAAAAAUAAGGGUAUAAAAUGGUUUUAUUAAAAUUUAGCUUAUAUAUUAUUACAAUUAGGAAUGACAUUAGAAGCUCGUCAAUUGUAUUUAGCAGCAUUGGAAAAGGAAUGA